UGGGCGGGGCGCCCGUAAUCCGGGCCUCACCGUGGACGCGCUGGUUCUGCUGGGAGGUCGUCAUCAUGGUGGCGCCCGUGGUGUACUUAGUGGCGGCGGCUGUGCUUGUCGGUCUUAUUCUCUUCCUCACUCGCAUUCGUAGCAGAGCGGUAGCAGCUGGUCAAGAGUCACUGCACAAUGAAGAGGAGCCAAUAGUAGCAGACCAGGUAGCCCAGUCUCGGCCUCUGCAGCCUGAGGAACAGAGAACUGCAGGCAGGCCUCGGCGCAGGAGGGACCUGGGCAGCCGCCUGCAAGCCCAGCGUCGAGCCCAGCAGGUAGCCUGGACAGAAGUGGAUGAGAAUGAAGAGGAAGCUGUCAUUCCAGCCCAGGAGGAAGAAGGCAUUGAGAAGCCAGUGGAAACUCACCUCACAGGGAAAAUUGGAGCCAAGAAACUACGGAAGUUGGAAGAGAAACAGGCUCGAAAAGCCCAGCGUGAGGCAGAGGAGGCUGAACGUGAAGAGCGGAAACGCCUGGAGUCCCAGCGUGAGGCCGAGUGGAAAAAGGAGGAGGAGCGGCUUCGCUUGGAGGAGGAACAGAAGGAGGAGGAGGAGAGAAAAGCCCGGGAGGAACAGGCCCGGCGGGAGCAUGAGGAGUACCUGAAACUGAAGGAAGCCUUCGUGGUGGAGGAGGAGGGUGUGGGUGAGACCAUGACUGAGGAGCAGUCCCACAGCUUCCUGACAGAAUUCGUCAACUACAUUAAGCAGUCCAAGGUUGUACUCUUGGAAGAUCUGGCUUCCCAGGUGGGCCUACGGACCCAGGACACUAUCAACCGCAUCCAGGACCUGCUGGCUGAUGGAACUCUAACAGGUGUGAUUGACGACCGGGGCAAGUUCAUCUACAUAACCCCAGAGGAACUGGCUGCUGUGGCCAACUUCAUCCGACAGCGGGGCCGGGUGUCCAUCACUGAGCUUGCCCAGGCCAGCAACUCCCUCAUCGCCUGGGGCUAGAAGCACCCCCCCUCCCCCCCCCCCCCCCCCCCCCCACCAGCCUGACCCCAGCCCUGCCUUCUUGGACUCAGAGCUGAUGUGGCCUGCCUGGCAAUACAUCUUCAUCUCUCCCCACCAUCCUGGGCAGUGAUGGAGUGAGGCCAGGAGGUUGUAGAUUAAAGGCCUGUAAGCACUGCUGA